UUCAGGAGCCCUGGAAAGGAGAAAGAAUAAAACAACAGGAGGAAGAGAGAGAGAGGGUAGAAUGGAAGAAUCUCACUUCAAUUCUAACCCGUACUUCUGGCCUUCUAUCCCCACAGUCUCAGGACGGAUUGAGAACACGAUGUUCAUCAACAAGAUGAAGGAUCAGCUGUUGCCAGAGAAGGGCUGUGGGCUGGCUCCACCCCACUACCCUACCUUGUUGACAGUGCCUGCCUCAGUGUCCCUGCCCUCAGGCAUCAGUAUGGGCACAGAGUCCAAGUCAGACCAGCUGACCCCACAUAGCCAGGCAUCCGUUACCCAGAAUAUCAAGGUGGUCCCUGUGCCGUCUACAGGAUUAAUGACUGCUGGUCCUGGUUUGGUAAUCACGUCCCCCUCAGGCUCCCUUGUGACCACAGCCUCAUCAGCUCAGACCUUCCCCAUUUCGGCUCCCAUGAUUGUCUCAGCUCUUCCCCCUGGCUCACAAGCCCUGCAGGUGGUCCCUGACCUCUCCAAGAAGGUAUCAGCAACCCUAACAGAGGAAGGAGGCGGAGGUGGUGGUGGAGGUGGCAGUGUGGCUCCAAAGCCCCACCGGGGCCGAAAGAAGAAGCGGAUGUUGGAAUCAGGGUUGCCCGAGAUGAACGACCCUUAUGUCCUCUCCCCUGAGGAUGAUGAUGACCAUCAGAAAGACGGCAAGACCUAUAGGUGCCGGAUGUGCUCACUGACAUUCUACUCAAAGUCGGAGAUGCAGAUCCACUCCAAGCCACACACCGAGACCAAGCCCCACAAGUGCCCACAUUGUUCCAAGACCUUCGCCAACAGCUCCUACCUGGCCCAGCACAUCCGUAUCCACUCAGGGACUAAGCCCUACAGUUGUAACUUCUGUGAGAAAUCCUUCCGCCAGCUAUCUCACCUCCAGCAGCACACCCGAAUCCACACCGGGGAUAGACCAUACAAAUGUGUCCACCCAGGCUGUGAGAAAGCCUUCACACAGCUCUCCAAUCUGCAGUCCCACAGACGGCAGCACAACAAAGAUAAACCCUUCAAGUGCCACAACUGUCAUCGGGCGUACACAGACGCAGCCUCACUAGAGGUGCACCUAUCUACGCAUACAGUGAACCAUGCCAAGGUGUACACCUGUACUAUCUGUAGUCGGGCAUAUACGUCGGAAACGUACCUUAUGAAACAUAUGCGCAAACACAACCCUCCUGAUCUCCAGCAACAAGUGCAGGCAGUGGCAGCAGUGGCCCAGGCCCAGGCCCAGGCUCAAGCUCAGGCCCAAGCCCAGGCCCAAGCCCAAGCCCAGGCCCAAGCCCAAGCCCAGGCCCAAGCCCAAGCCCAGGCUCAAGCCCAAGCCCAAGCCCAGGCCCAAGCCCAAGCCCAGGCCCAAGCCCAAGCCCAGGCUCAAGCCCAAGCCCAAGCCCAGGCUCAAGCCCAAGCCCAAGCCCAGGCCCAAGCCCUAGCCCAAGCUCAGGCCCAGGCUUCCCAGGUAUCGCAACAGCAGCAGCAGCAGCAGCAGCAACCACAGCCACCACACUUCCAGUCCCCGGGGGCAGCCCCCCAGGGUGGGGGUGGUGGGGACAGCAACCCCAACCCUCCACCCCAGUGUUCUUUUGACCUGACCCCCUAUAAGACGGCGGAGCAUCAUAAGGACAUCUGCCUCACUGUCACCACCAGCACCAUCCAGGUGGAGCACCUGGCCAGCUCAUAGAGACCUAUGCUGCCACCCCACUGGGAAAAGGGAGAAGAAGUUCUGGCCUCUUCUUUCUCUAACUCCUCUUGGUGGGAAACGUCUUCUUCCUUGACAGGCCUUGGCUCCAUCUCCUUGGGCCUCAGGCGCAGCCUUCCUUCACAGGAUACCAUCCUUAUUUUCAACUGCUCUUCAAAAGGAUUAUCAGCCCUCCUGAUUGGCAAAGGAAUACUGAGCUGGUAGUGUAAUCCAGCAGCCUCCCUCCUAAGCAUAGCUUUUAAAAAUUGGGAGUAGGAGCUC